GUUAUUUACUGGAAGAAGUUGAACACCACAUUCUCACAAAUUUACUGGAAUGUAAAUUUAAUGAGGCAAACCUGUGUCAGUCCAGGCAGGGGUUGGUCCAUCAAAAUGCUGCAAACUUGUCUGACUAGGGUUUAGUUUGGGGAGUCAGCCAAGCCCGAGUCUUGCCAACACAGUCUUUGUUCGACAGCCCACAUCACAUACAUACCAAUCCUGAGUGAAAACUCCACGCACAUCUAUUGUCACUGGAUCUUUAUUUCUCCAAAUGCUACAGUAUAGCGGUCCGAUCUGAAGAAAGGGCGUUGGCCAGCUGAAGGACCCUGACUAAGUGCAGAUAUGAAGCUGACUUCGUUAGCUGUGCUGUGUCUGUCCCUCCUUUUGGUUCACACCCAUCUCUCCCUGGCCAAGAGAGGAGGUGGCUUUGGGAAAAAAGGAUCUAGCUCUAGGAGAACCUCCAGCCGUGGUAGUAGCUCCAUAUACAACCGGGGCAAUCAGGGCACCGGCUCUCAGGGUGGAUACCCCCAAUCAGGAGGUUACCCCAGUCAAGGGCGUUACCCUCAGCAACCAGGCAGAUCAGGAUAUCCCAGUCAGGGUUAUCCUUACCAAGGGGGGUACCCCAUUCAAGGGGGUUACCCUAACCAAGGAGGUUAUCCUAACCAAUGGGGUUACUACCCUCAGCAUCCAGGAACGUACCAAGGACAAGGAUACCCGUAUGGAGGUGGUGGAGCUGCAGGAUCCCCUGCGGGCUAUGGUUAUGGUGGUUACCCAGGUCGAUACAUCAAUCACAAUCCCCGCAACCAAAUAUUGAGCCCUCGCUUAGGGGGUACAUAUGGAUAUGGGGGCUAUGGGGGUGACGGUGGCUCUCCGUUUGUCCACUCAGUCCAAAGAAUGGGUCUGGGUCCCUCUAUGAAAUCCAAAGCAUUUGGGUGGAGAGCGGCAAUGGCAACAGGACCAGAAGCUGUUGCAGGAAUGGCUCUGGGCUACGGGCUAGGGAGGUUCCCUCGUCCCCAUUUCCAUUUCCACAGCCCUCAGGAGGAGUACUACUACAACUACUACAUGUACAAGAAAUAUGGCACCAAAUCCACCGAUACAAAUGACUACAGCAGAGACUAUAAGUUCAGCCCACCUGCCAUGACUUAUGAUAAUUACAUGGACUCCUGCAUGAAGAGAUCAGACCUGCUGCCUGGGGAGAAUCAACAGGGAAAGACUCAACCCAUCACCACCUCUACUACCACCACUACUACUACCACGACUACCACCACUACCACUGUUGUUACCUCAGACCCAGACAACAACACAUCAGAGAUUAACAGCACUGCAGCAGAUGAGUCCCCAACCCCUGGGCCCUCUCCCUCCAGCCGUCCAAAUCAGCCUGAAGCCAAGCCUCUGCCUCCAGCUUCACAACACGCCAGCAGUGAUGACAACGAUGAUGAUACGGUCAGUAUUGUGGAGAUCGGCUACCCAGCGCUGAUUGAGCAGCUGAAGGCCAGGAGGUGUGUGGGACUGUACAUGGAGUACGCUGCAAGAUACUUGGAGAAACAGAUUCGUCCUCCAUUGGAGAAUACAGAAAAGCCUAAAACUACAGUUUCUACUGACAUGCUAGCAGACCCUACCCAGGUCAUCAAGGACAGACAGGUGGAGGAAUUGAGAGACAAGGCUCCUGUGGUUACAGACAAACCACUGUCUCCUACUGAAGUCCCUCAGACAUGGAUUGCGUGGCUAAACUCCAAGUUCAGUGACAAUGUGUCCCAGAAGAGCAAGAUGAGUGCCAACGGCGUGUGAAGAGGUGCAGGAGGCUCCUGGCUGGACUGAAAGGGACUUAGCCAUGACGCAGGAAAGUAGGCUAGUUUAGACGUAGUGGUCAAAUGUCAGGCCAUCAGUGAUCUACAUCAUCGUUGACAUCAAGCAUUUGGAAACUGUCCCUCCGCCCUGCCCUUUGAAUUCCUUCACUUCUUCAAACUCGAGGCACUGGCAGUCCUUCAGGUCGUUCAGCAGUGCCACUGGCAUAUUCAUCUAUGAACCUGUACACACUCAACAGCACUCUUUUGCAUAUUUAAGUGCUCGCAUGGUAAUAAAUAAAAUACAAUAACCAAUGAAAUAAUUGGUGAUUGUG